UACCCUCGCCUCUUCUGUUCUUUUUUUUGGUCUACAAAUACCCUUCCGCCCUCUUGCUUUCUAUCGGCUGUGUGGCUUCGGUUUCUCUUCUGAAGGGACAAGCAGCGACCACUUCGAUUCCCGAAUCGUACUCUCAAUCGCUUCUUGAAUCUUCUUAACAUGGAACGCAUCGUUGGCGGCAAGUACAAGCUCGGCCGCAAGAUCGGAAGUGGAUCCUUCGGCGAAAUCUACCUCGCGACGCAUAUUGACACCUUCGAGAUCGUCGCCGUCAAGAUCGAGAAUAGUAAAACGAAGCAUCCGCAACUUCUGUACGAGGCAAAGCUGUACAAUAUUCUUCAAGGAGGAAGUGGAAUUCCCAACAUAAAAUGGUCUGGCAUAGACGGGGAGGAAAAUGUGCUUGUUCUUGACUUGCUUGGGCCGAGUCUUGAAGAUCUUUUUGUGUAUUGUGGAAGGAAGUUUUCAUUGAAGACAGUGUUAAUGUUGGCUGAUCAAAUGAUCACUAGGAUAGAAUAUGUGCAUUCUAAAGGAUUUUUGCAUAGGGAUAUUAAACCCGAUAACUUUCUCAUGGGACUUGGUCGGAAGGCCAACCAGGUAUACAUUAUUGAUUUUGGGCUUGCAAAACGAUACCGGGAUUCCACUACCAAUCGCCACAUCCCUUACAGGGAGAACAAAAACUUAACAGGCACAGCCCGGUAUGCAAGUUGUAAUACUCAUCUUGGGAUUGAGCAAAGUCGGCGGGAUGAUUUGGAAUCUCUAGGAUACGUACUACUGUAUUUCCUCAGAGGAAGCCUUCCUUGGCAAGGUCUAAAGGCUGCUACGAAGAAACAAAAGUAUGAUAAAAUAUGUCAGAAGAAAGUUUCAACUCCUAUUGAGGUACUUUGCAGAAAUCAACCCGUAGAGUUUGCUUCGUACUUCCAUUACUGCCACUCUUUGACAUUUGAUCAGCGACCUGAUUAUGGAUUCUUAAAGCGCCUAUUUCGGGACCUAUUUGCUCGAGAAGAUUACGAAUUUGAUUACGUUUUUGAUUGGACCAUUUUAAAGUACCAGCAAUCUCAAAAGAGUGCAGUGCUCCCUCCGCUAUCUCCAGUCCCAGGAGCAAGUAACAGUCGAGCAAUUCCAAUGGAUACUGACAAUCAUCAAGGGCAUGUUAAGGAGCGUAAUAGAGCAGGCGAUGCUACUGGUUCCGGUGUUAAAAUCCAGUUUAAAUCACCAGGGGGUAAAAAUGUGAGCUAUGAGAAUCCACAUGACAAAAAUAUUUAUGGAGAAGCAAAUAUACCCGCUGCUUCAUCCUCUCCUGCUGGUACUUCUAAAAGGAACUCCUUGAAGCAAUCUUUGUCUGCUGAAGCAUCCAACCCUGGACACGGGCAAGGCAGUAAAAUUGGCCCUUCAAGUAGCUGGAUGUCAUCUCUGCAGCACAUGUCUUCUGCUAAAUGAAUGCCAAAUAUGAUAUGCAGCUUUAAAGAAGAUUCUAUGCAUCUUUUCUCAAGUGCUUGGUCAAGAAUAUUGAAGUGCAUUCCUGGAGACUGCAGAUGUGCUAGAAAGUUGACAGAUUGCAUAGCUCCUAUUUUGAGGCCAUUUAGUUUGCUUCUUUCCUGAGGUGACUACAAAUGAUUGUGCGGUAUUAAACAGACUUCCCAGGCUUGGCCCCUGUGCUGUACAUAGAUGUCAAAUUUGGCACACAGCAAUAUUGUGUAUUAAUGUUUUCAUGUAAAAUUAAUGUGUGAAGUAGCCGAGUUACUCCAUUAUGUUACUUGAUGAUAAUUAUCCUUGCGCCAUAUAACAUGUGGCAACAGAGUUUGUUUUAAAACUUGAAAAUUGUUUGUCAAUAUUAUAAAUUCCAAAUGUAUUUUCUGUUUCUUUUA